GGAAAGAGUCACGUAUUUCACGCCAUGGCUUCUCACAUCUUUUUUUUCUAAACCUAAUGUGCCUCUCUGCAGGGCAACCAUGUCUUCAUCUCUCCAGUUUCCUUCAGUUGUUGGCCCCAAACCAGGGGGCUUCCUCCUUGUUCAGCUCCAGCAGAAACCCCUGGCCAUUUGCCUGCUGAUAGGUAGUCUCUACACCUGUCCUGUAGACUAGGAAAUUUAUAAAGAAUGAAGUUUUAUUUCACCCAUGGUUUUGAAGGCUGAACUUUGAGAUCUGGCAGCUGCACUUGGUGAGGUCCUUUCUGCUGGUGGGGACUUUCUACUGCAUCCUGAGUCAAGCACAGAGCAUGGCAAGAAAAACCACUUUAUCUCUGUGGCCUGUAUCCGCAGACCUACUUGUUGCUGUGACCAUGUGGGGGCCUUACCUGUGUACCUAUCUACAUUUUCCACUAGACCACCAGCACCCGAAGAAAGAAAAACAAAGUCUGAGAUGGAUGUGACAUGAAUCAUUUUACAGGCUGCACACAACUAUGACCAUUUCUGAAGCCCUUUUCUCAGUAAAGUAGAUCAAGAUGGAUGAAUCUGCCUUGUUGGAUCUUCUGGAGUGUCCUGUAUGUCUAGAACGCCUCGAUGCCUCUGCAAAGGUCUUGCCUUGCCAGCAUACGUUUUGCAAACGAUGUUUGCUAGGGAUUGUAGGUUCCCGGAAUGAACUCAGAUGCCCGGAGUGCAGGACUCUUGUUGGUUCAGGUGUAGAGGAGCUCCCCAGUAACAUCCUGCUGGUCAGACUUCUGGAUGGCAUCAAGCAGAGGCCUUGGAAACCUGGCCCUGGUGGGGGCAGUGGGACCAACUGCACAAAUGCAUUAAGGGCUCAGGGCAGCACUGUGGUUAAUUGUAGUGCAAAAGAUCUGCAGAGCUCCCAGGGUGGACAGCAGCCUCGGGUUCAAGCCUGGAGCCCCCCAGUGAGGGGUAUACCUCAGUUACCAUGUGCCAAAGCAUUAUACAACUACGAGGGAAAAGAACCUGGAGACCUUAAAUUCAGCAAAGGUGACAUCAUCAUUUUGCGACGACAAGUGGAUGAAAAUUGGUACCAUGGGGAAGUCAAUGGAAUCCAUGGCUUUUUCCCCACUAAUUUUGUGCAGAUUAUUAAACCAUUACCUCAGCCCCCACCUCAGUGCAAAGCACUUUAUGACUUUGAAGUGAAAGACAAGGAAGCAGACAAAGAUUGCCUUCCAUUUGCAAAGGAUGAUGUUCUGACUGUGAUCCGCAGAGUGGAUGAAAACUGGGCUGAAGGGAUGCUGGCAGACAAAAUAGGAAUAUUUCCAAUUUCAUAUGUUGAGGUCCUGUUUUUUCAUGAGUUGGAGAGGAUUUGUCUGUUUCCCUUUUUCCCUCAUCAGUUUAACUCGGCCGCUAAGCAGCUGAUUGAAUGGGAUAAACCUCCCGUGCCAGGAGUGGAUGCUGGAGAAUGCACCUCUGCGGCAGCCCAGAGCAGCACUGCCCCAAAGCACUCCGACACCAAGAAGAACACCAAAAAGCGACACUCCUUCACUUCCCUGACUAUGGCGAACAAGUCCUCCCAGGCGUCCCAGAACCGCCACUCCAUGGAGAUCAGCCCUCCCGUCCUCAUCAGCUCCAGCAACCCCACGGCUGCUGCUCGGAUCAGCGAACUAACUGGGCUCUCCUGCAGUGCUCCUUCUCAGGUUCACAUAAGUACCACCGGGCUAAUUGUGACUCCGCCCCCAAGCAGCCCAGUGACAACUGGCCCUUCGUUCACUUUCCCAUCAGACGUUCCCUACCAAGCUGCCCUUGGAACUAUGAAUCCUCCUCUCCCCCCACCACCUCUCCUGGCUGCCACUGUGCUGGCCUCUACACCGCCAGGCGCUACUGCUGCUGCCACUGCUGCUACUGGAAUGGGACCGAGGCCUGUGGCAGGAUCCACUGACCAGAUCGCACAUUUACGGCCUCAGACUCGCCCCAGUGUGUAUGUUGCUGUAUAUCCAUAUACUCCCCGGAAAGAGGAUGAGCUAGAGCUGAGAAAGGGGGAGAUGUUUUUAGUGUUUGAGCGUUGCCAGGAUGGCUGGUUCAAAGGGACGUCGAUGCACACCAGCAAGAUUGGGGUUUUCCCUGGCAAUUAUGUAGCUCCAGUCACAAGAGCGGUGACAAAUGCUUCCCAAGCUAAAGUCUCUCUGUCCACUGCGGGUCAGACAAGUCGGGGGGUGACCAUGGUCAGUCCUUCCACAGCAGGAGGCCCUGCCCAGAAGCUCCAGGGAAACGGUGUGGCUGGGAGUCCCAGUGUUGUCCCCACAGCUGUGGUGUCAGCGGCUCACAUCCAAACCAGUCCUCAGGCAAAGGUCCUGUUGCACAUGACUGGGCAAAUGACAGUCAACCAGGCCCGCAAUGCCGUGAGGACAGUUGCAGCACAUAACCAAGAACGCCCCACAGCAGCAGUGACGCCCAUCCAGGUGCAGAAUGCCGCCUGUCUGGGCCCUGCGUCUGUGGGGCUACCCCACCACUCACUGGGCUCCCCGCAGCCUCUGCUGCCCAUGGCAGGCUCUGCUGCCCACGUCGCUGCUGUCACCAUCGGUCGAGCCAGUGCCCCCCUGGCCUGCGCUCCAGCUGCUUCUGUGACCUCUGCAAGCAUCACCACUGCCUCUCUGGAGAGUGAGCCCAGUGGUCGGGCAGCAACUGGCCUCCCCGGACUCCCCACAUCUCCCGACAGUGCAUCAUCAGCCUGCGGGAACAGUUCAGCAGCCAAACCGGAUAAGGACAGUAAGAAAGAAAAAAAAGGUUUGUUGAAAUUGCUUUCCGGCGCCUCCACCAAACGGAAGCCCCGAGUGUCGCCUCCAGCGUCCCCCACCCUGGAAGUGGAGCUGGGGGGCAGCGAGUUGCCUCUGCAGGGAGCGGUGGGUCCCGAGCCGCCGCUAGGGGGCGGCCACGGCAGGGCCAGCUCCUGCCCCAUGGACGCGGAUGGCCCGGUGCAGGCCGCGGCGGGCGCAGCCCUGGCCCAGGACGCUUUUCACUGGAAGACCAGCUCCCUGGACUCCGCAGUGCCCAUCGCCCCGCCUCCUCGGCAGGCGUGUUCCUCCCUCGGUCCUGCCGUGAGUGAGUCUAGGCCGGUUGUUUGUGAAAGGCACAGGGUGGUGGUUUCCUAUCCUCCUCAGAGUGAGGCAGAACUUGAACUUAAAGAAGGCGAUAUUGUGUUUGUUCAUAAAAAACGAGAAGACGGCUGGUUCAAAGGCACAUUGCAGCGUAACGGGAAAACUGGCCUCUUCCCAGGAAGCUUUGUGGAAAACAUCUGAAGAGCGUGACAAUGAGAAGGCUUAAACUCGAAUCACACAAUGAAACAGCACAAAGUGAUGUCAUGGAAAGAGCACCUCUGUGGACUUCCAGACAGCCAGAAGCUAACCGAAGCGGGGGGUGUGGUUCUAGAGCCUCCAGAAUGAGGCGGGGGUCUGUGUGGGUUUUGUCACUCUGGAUUCUGAUGUGUAAGGUGUGCCUUGUACUGUCUGAUGUACUACACAGAGAAACCUUUUUUUUUUUUAAGAUGUAUAACUAAAAUGGACAAUUGUUUACAAGGCCUAAUUUAUUUGCUUUUUUAAACUUGAACUUUUCUUGUAAUGGAUAAAUUCUUUGGAUUAUGAUUUGAAGAAAUUAUUAAUUUAUGAAUGAUCGCUGAGGAGAGGCUGGAUUACCUCCUCUUGAGAACAAGAGAUUUUUUUGUUUUACAUAGAAUGUGUCUUCCCUACCCCACCCCCUGUUCCCCCCUGUUCUAAUUUGUUUCUUAGAUAGAAAUGCCAGUUUCUAAUUUGACUUUCCUCUUCAGGAAGCCAAACGUACGACUGAAUCAGUAUCAAGUAGGGCCUGGGGUAGGGAAUCAGAAAGUUGAGAGAAAGUUAGUGAUUCCCUGUCUUUCUCGUUUGACCAGGAGUCAUCCUGAAAACCCAGUCCUCAAUUUAAUUUUGUGGAUUUUUUCUUUGAACUUUCCUACACCAAAAUUUGUGAAGUGAUAAGGAAAUAUAAAGCACAACCAUUGACUAAAAAUGUAUGCAGAAAUAUGUUUAGUUUUAUAUCAGAAGCAGCCCAAUGCAUUGGUUGGAAAGUAGGUGAAAUUGAAGUUAUACUCACUGUCUGAGAAUGGCUACAAAGCAUAAUUUCCAUUUUAACCCAAGUGAUGUGCAUGCCCAGGACACAAUUAAAACAUUUGUGAGAUGGUGGUGGUAAAUGAUGCCCUCGUGUUAAAGUCAAAGGCUGUAAGAAACACUGUGAAAAGUUUACAUUCAUCCAUUGUGAUUCUUUCUCCACCCUCUUGCAUGCGCUACUGGAUUCCCACAGUAAUUUAGACUAUGCAUGGUGUGUGUAUUUCAUUGCAGUUUCCUGUUGAGCUUAGUUUGCACUCAAAAUUGACCACGGCAGGAAGUGUAAAAUAAACAGCAUUCUCUUCUCUAACCCGAGAGCCACUACUGACGAAGGUCUCUUGAGUGCACUUGGCCCCUCUCUGGCUAAGGCAUCCGUUAGCCAUCACACAAGUCACUAGUGAAAACGCUCUUUUGUGUCCUCCCAGCAGACAGACGUACAGCACGAGUCCAUCCAGGAAGCUGCUCUGGCAACUUCUAACUGAAGCUCUGCAAGGCUUAGUGGGAGUGAGUUUGCCCACACCUUACAACUGUGGCAGGGCCCAACUGAGCCUGUCUUUUACAUCCAUUUGUUGUUGUCAUUGGCUUCUUCCACCAGUGUCAUACCCUGCCACUCAGUCGUGGGUCUAGGUAGUCCUGCGAACACAAGGAGGGAGACAGCCUGGUAGUGAAUGAGAUCGUUGCCACAAUUUUCUCAUGGAAAUAAGGAAAGAAAUAAACAACCAUCUUCCUCUCCUCUUCCCCUUCUUCCUCUCCCUCUCCCU